ACGCUUCGGUUCGACCCAGUGCGCGAGCAUUGUGAACGAUAACAGUGGCAAUGGCCGAUCUCUAUUACCUGUGGGAAAAACACAGGUAGAAUUCUCAGGAUAUACAUUUCAAUAUACGGAUUUUAUUGUGUGAGAAGACAAAGAUGUAACAAGCAUUCUCGGACAGUAAAUCAGAUGAAAAGAUGAGAUGGUGGCUCUAGGAACACAGAGCUCAUCAUAGCCUAGAUGUUGGCUUUCUUUUGGCCUACUGUUAGUAACACCCACAUCUGUGACGUAGUGGGUCUAUUUUUGUGACGUCACGUGACAACCUCUGCGAAGCGAUGACGCUGUUGUCACCGCGGCGACGGGCGAUGCAUACUGCCCCUUACAUGCUGCACCACGUGCUGUGCGUGAUCUUGCUACACUUCCUGGUGGCCUUCGCCCAAGGUCAAGGUCCCGGAAUAAUCGAGUUGUCAGUGGUGGAAAAUUCCAUAGUCGGAACUGUUGUCGGUUCUGUGGAUUAUGUUCAGGGUUACAGCUACAGUUUCCAGGAGCCCAAUUCCUUGUUCGAACUCAGUACGUCGGGCACUUUACGAACGUUGGAUUCGAUUGAUCGUGAGUCCAUACCAGAGUCUCUGGUUCGCCUGUUUGUCGUCGGAACCCCGCCCACCACGCUGGACAGCCAGGUGACCUUCAGUGUGGUCAUCACAGUUCUGGACGUCAACGAUAAUCGUCCGGAUUUCCAGGUUGAUGACAACAAGGAGAUAAUCGCUUUCCAGGAAGACGCGAGAGAGGGUCGCACCAAAAGCAUUAUUACCGCCUCGGAUCCGGAUGGGGGGAACAACGGAACCCUGUCAUACCGAAUCGCAUCCGGGAACGAAAAGGGUAUGUUUGGUUUGGAUUUCACGGGCCUUCCUCUUAUCCUAUACCUUGUGAAGCGUGGAUCGGAAGGGUUCGACCGGGAGAAGCUGGAUUAUUACGAGCUGGUAGUCUCUGCUUGUGACGGAGGUGUCCCUCCGUUGUGUACAGAGCUCACGGUGGGAGUGAACAUUCUGGACGUGAACGACAACACGCCGGCCUUUGACCUCAGCGAUUACACGACUCAGGUCAACGAGAGUGCCCCCGUCGGUUCCUCGGUGUUCCGGGCAGAGGCGACCGACGAGGACAUAGGACUGAACGGCGAGGUGAGCUACCGACUCGAGGACGAGAGCAAUCAGUUCAAAAUUGACGAGAACACCGGGGUCAUCGAGACGGUGACGAGUCCUCUAGCCUGCAGCCGGCGCUGUGGGCGCUCCAGCAACAAGUGCAGUCCCAACAGCUGCUUUAUCAAGAUCGUGGCCAGCGAUAAAGGUCUGAACGCCCUCUCUGGGAGAGCCUAUCUGUACAUCGAAGUGUUGGACGAGAACGACCACAAUCCGAUUAUCAGCUUCAGCAAAGACAACGCCGACAUCACAACGGCUUCUGUGGACGAGAGUGCUGACCUACAAACCGUGGUCUUCACUGUAACUGUCACGGACGAGGAUUCUGGCGCGAAUGGGGAGACGUCUCUCAGAAUUAUCAAAGGAAAUGAAGAGGGUUACUUCUUCCAUUUAUCCAUACCCCAGUACGACAUUAAUGAGAUACAGGUACAGAAGGCUUUAGAUAGAGAGACGAUCAACAAGUUUAAUUUGACCUUCGAGGCUGUGGAUCACGGCAGCCCCCAGAGAACGUCUACGGCACACAUCCUCAUCUAUGUCAACGACGCCAACGACCACCAGCCCGUGUUUGAUCGUGACGAUUACAGCGUGAGCCUUAGCGAGUUCUCCAAGCCUCACUCGUUUGUAGCCAAUGUGAGAGCUACUGACAAAGACGAGGGCGUGAAUUCAAAACUCACCUACCAAAUCUCCUCUGGAAAUGAGUUUUCCUGGUUCAACAUCGACCCCGACACAGGUUUAGUAACCACUCGUACCUACAUUGACCACGAGAAGAGCGCCAUGGUGGUACUGAACAUCUCUGCUCACGACGGGGGGUCCAUACCGAAGUACAGCCACGCGGUAUUGUCCAUUACUGUAGGAGAUGAGAACGAUUGUGCCCCCAAGUUUUCCAAGUCCUCUUACAAGCUAGAGUUGGAGGAGAACAUACCCCCAGCUGCUGACAUCACCACUCUGAGUGCUGUCGACCUAGAUAGCGCGGAGAAUGGGACCGUGGAAUUUUCCAUUCACCCGGACACAGAGAUGCAGUUCCCUAACACAUUCCAGAUACACCCGACGUCCGGGAAGCUGACCGCACAGAAGAGAUUUGAUCGGGAGGAGAAGUCGCAUUACGUCAUCAAAGUAAUUGCUCAAGAUAAGGGACCACAACCUCUGUCAUCCACCGCCACGAUAGAUUUGUCUAUCAAAGAUGUCAAUGACAACCCUCCGAAAUUCACACCCAAAGAAAACUAUGUAAAUGUAUUCGACUCUGAUCCUGCUGGUCUCCAAGUAGUGAGUGUCAGCGCCCACGACAAAGACACUGGCGAAAACGGGAAAAUAUUAUACGCCCUCAGAAACUCCAUCAACGAUUUUGAGAUCGACAAGGACUCGGGUAUGAUCUCCACCAGCCGCCAGCUUUCUGCACGAGAGUACCGACUCGUGGUCAGCGCCGUGGACGGUGGGGGGAGGCCCUCAGAGAAUGACGCCAUCAUUAAAGUCAUCGUCAUCAGCAUCUCCAGCUUAGCCCCCGUCUUCACGGACUCGGAGUACAACUUCCGUAUUCGGGAAGACGAGCAGGAAAAACAGCACCAGACAGACAGGACUGUUGGUCAAGUCCAGGCCACGUCCCAGACGUCACAACCGGUCACUUACGCCAUCAUUGACGGAGAUGUAGAAAGCGUGUUUAAAAUCGGCGCUAGCUCAGGCGUGAUCUCCACUCUGUCAGCAAUUGACCGUGAGGUCCAGCCGCAGUACACACUGACCGUCAUAGCGCUUGCCGGGGAGAAAAUCAUAUCUAAGAAAGUGACGGUGACGGUUGAAGACGUGAACGACAACUCCCCCGAGUUUUUGACCCACACCACAGAGGCGACCGUCCUGGAGAACUGGCCUGUGGGACACAACAUCUUCCUCGCCCAGGCCACGGACAGCGACGCUGGCAACAACCGCGUCAUCACCUACAGCCUCGCCUCCGCCGACGACACCAACGACGUCUUUGCCAUCGACGCUCAGACCGGGGUCAUCUCUCUGGCCAAGCCGCCCAACCAGCUGGCGAGCGACUCCACCACCUUGACCGUUACUGCCACCGACGGGGGGUCGUCCCCCAGGUCUCGGUCCAUGCAGGUCGUGAUGAGGCUGGAAGACGUGAACGACCACACGCCGCUUUUCGCCCUCACCCGCCACGAGUUGUUUGUCUCUGAAGCGCAGUCGGUGAACGAGGUGGUGAUGGAGGUCCACGCCACGGACGAGGACGAAGGCCCGAACGGGGAUCUGAGUUACAGUAUUGUGCGAGGAAACGAAGAGCAUCGGUUUGGGAUCUUUCCCGAGGGCUCGCUCUUCGUGGCUCAUGGACUAGACCGAGAGAAGAGGGACAUGUAUUCUCUCACCAUCACGGUCAAGGACAAUGGGAAAGAGCCGCGGAGCUCCUCGGUCAACAUCACUGUGUAUGUUCAAGACGAAAACGAUAACGCGCCCGAAUUUACUCAAGUGUCCUACGAGUUCAGAGUGAGAGAGAACAUGCCAGCAGACUCGUACGUCGGAUCAGUGAAAGCUGUGGAUAAUGAUUUAGGCAGGAACGCUGAAAUUCUUUACUCUCUCGGAGGUGGAAAUGUCAACUUCACAAUUGAUCCCAUACUGGGUACGAUCUUUACGAAAAGAGAAUUCGACCGCGAGUAUAUUGUCAAGACCACCAACCUACCCUAUUACGUGUUUGAUGUGUACGCCUCUGACAACGGUCUGCACAAGCAACAGAGCAAGGUCUCCGUACGCGUCAAUGUUCUAGACGAGAAUGACAGCCCUCCCGUUUUCCUGCAAGCCUCGGGCAGCUCGCGUGCCGUGAGCGAGAACACAGAGGUGGGCGAGGAGAUCACAACUCUCGUGGCUGUAGACGCUGACGCCGGAGCCAACGCGGCGGUCACUUACGCCAUCACAGCCGGCAACGAGGACGGGAAGUUCCGAAUCCACGAGACGGAUGGGAAGCUGUUCUUGCAGUUGGCUCUGGACCGAGAGAGCAGGGACCAUUACAUGCUCACCAUCAAGGCCACGGACACGGGGGAGAGUGUCCAGCUGGAGUCUACCACAGACCUGGAGAUUUACGUGCUCGACUACAACGACAACGCGCCAGAGUUCGCCGCCGACACGGUACGGUCUGUAACCGUCAGCGAGACGACACUCGAGGGGGAGAACCUCGCCAUCUUCUCGGGCACUGACCGGGACAUGGGCAACAACGCCAAGCUACGCUUCGAUAUCGUCUCGGGCAACGAGGACGACACGUUCCGACUGAACAUGGCCACCGGCUAUCUCUAUCUCGCCAGGGAGCUCAACUACGAAGCAAAACGAGAACACGUGCUGAACAUAACCCUCUCGGACUCAGGUUUCCCCGCGCUCUCCGUGUCAUUGACCUUUAAAGUCAUUGUCCUGGAUGCGAACGACAACGCCCCGGUAUUUUUACACGGACAGUCGAGGAUCCACAUCAAAGAAAACCGCGACGUGGGCUCUAGUAUUGCAGAAGUCAGCGCCAAGGACGAAGACUCUGGGGAGCUGGGCCAGGUCCGUUUCAGCAUCUACAAGCAGACGCCUGUCGGAGACCACUUCCAGAUCAACCCUGUCUCAGGGGUCAUCACGCUCUCCAACGCCUUCGACCGUGAAGUCGCUGACAGUUUUGAAGUGACCAUCCACGCCACAGACCAGGUCAGCAACCCGGCGCUGCGGCGCACCUCGGAGAAGUUCCUCACGAUCCUGGUGGACGACGUGAACGACAACCCGCCUGUGUUCAACUCGCCCUCGGUCUUCCUCGUGGCCUACCCGUCGCCCUCGGGCACGACCGUGGCCUCGCUCUCAGCCUCGGAUGUUGACGACGGCGACAACGCCAAGGUCACCUUCAACUUCGUGGGUGCCAAGCCCCUGCUGUUCAACCUGAACCCCAGCACGGGCACCAUCUCCCUCGCCCAGGAUCUCCCAGCGUCCCACCUCUCCUACACGCUCACCGUCAUCGCCACGGACGGCGUCAGAGGAAGUUCCUCGUCAACCGUGAACACGGCCACCGCCACCGUCACUCUCCUCCUCUACACAAGCUCUGGCGUGGGCCCUGUGUUCCUCUCCUCCAACCCCAAGUCGGGCACGGUGGACGAGAACAUGCCCGAGGGCACUGAAGUUCUCAGGAUGUCCGCCCAACCGUCCAAACCAGGUCUGGGUUCCGUGGAGUAUUACAUCACCCGGGUCUCGGCGGCGGGUCAGGACUACGCCGAGGUGUUCACUGUGGGCCGCUCCUCGGGAGUGGUGUCCACCGCCGCCAUCUUGGAUAGAGAGAAGCUGCCGGCGAGCUUACAGGUGGAUAUUAACGCCGUGGAAAAAGAGAACGGAGAACAGCGCGUCACAACUACUCAGGUCGAGAUCUCCAUCGUAGACAAGAACGACAACCCGCCGGUGUUCUCUAGCUCCCUGUACGAUGCUGAGGUCAAGGAGGCCGGACAGUCCGACUCCUCCGUCGCCCGCGUCUUCGUCACUGACCCUGACCCGACCGCCUCCCUGUCCUUGACCCUGUCUGGCCCAGACUCCGGCAACUUCAGAAUUGGACAAGAUGGUGUUGUGACGGCGGUGAAGCCCCUGGACUACGGCAAACAACGAACGUACCGGAUGUCCGUGGACGCCAGUGACGGGAAGCACCAGGUCCGCUCCAGCCUGCACUUGACCGUAGUGGACAUCAACGACCACGCCCCUUCGUUUGACCGACCCUUCUACUCGUUCGAGGUGCUGGAGAGUGCCAGGCCCGGCGCCACCAUCGGUCAUGUGCUGGCCACCGACCAGGACAACGGGCUCAACGCCAGAGUGACCUACGAGCUGCAGUCGGAGUGGGGAAAGGAGUAUUUCUUGUUGGACGAGGUGCAGGGAUCUCUGACGCUGCUCAAGGAGUUGGAUUAUGAGGAGCGACAACUGUAUACACUCAAGGUCAUUGCCAAGGACGCGGGAUCCCCGCCCUUGAACUCUGUGGUGACCGUCUAUGUGGAUGUCAAGGACGCGAACGACAACCAGCCUCUGUUUGACCCCGUGUCUUACUACAGGGAGAUCUCUGAGGACGCCGAGAUCUUGACCUGGCUCGUCAACGUCAGUGCUACAGACAUGGAUAGUGGUGAGUAGUGUGUGCUGUGUGUGU